AUGGAUUUCUACAGUAGCCGACCGCUUCAAACAGAUUCCUUUGGGGGCGAGUUAAUGGAAGCACUUGAACCUUUUAUGAAAAGUGCUUCCUCUUCAACUACCCCAUCUCCUUCUCAAACCCCAAACUACCCAUCUUCUCCUCGUCUACCUUCUAUACCUUCUACUUCUUACGAUUACUCUUCUUUCUCUACUCAGCCACUAACGCAACAUCAACAGCCCUUUUUGUACCCAGAAGGUUGCUGUUCCACAUCGAGUGCCUACCCAUUUUCAACCGGGUUCUCGAUCAACGACCCAAUGGGUCUCCAGCAACCAUCUAGUUCAAUUAGGCUAAACCACCUUACACCAACCCAGAUCCACCAGAUCCAAUCCCAAAUCCACCAAAAUAACCACCUCUCUUACCUUCAAACUUACCAACAACCUCAAACCCUCAAACUUCUAUCCCCAAAGCCAAUCCCCAUGAAACAAAUGGGCACACCACCAAAACCCACGAAGCUUUAUAGAGGAGUAAGGCAAAGGCACUGGGGCAAAUGGGUUGCUGAGAUCCGUUUACCUAAGAACAGAACCCGACUCUGGCUCGGCACAUUUGACACAGCUGAGGAGGCAGCUCUGGCUUAUGACAAAGCAGCUUAUAAACUCAGAGGCGACUUUGCCAGACUUAACUUCCCAAACCUACGCCACCAAGGGUCCCACAUCGGCGAGUACAAGCCUCUCCAUUCCUCAGUGGAUGCGAAACUUCAAGCAAUUUGUGAAAGCUUGGAGAAUUCUUCGCAGCAGAAACAAGGAGGAAAAGCAGAGAAGCAAAGUAACUCGACGAAGAAGAAAGCGAACAAGGCGGUGGUGACUCCGGAGGAGGAGCAAGUGGUUGUUAAGGCUGAGACAGAGUCUCCAGCGUUGACGGAGAGUGAUGGGUCGGGUGGAUCUUCGCCUUUUUCUGAUCUGACGUUUCAGGAUUUUGAGGAAGCACCGUUGGAUUUUGAUUCGGGGAAUUUUAUGUUGCAGAAGUAUCCCUCUUAUGAGAUUGAUUGGGCUUCUAUUUUAUCUUAG